AUGGCUAAGGAAACCUCCAUCUCAGAGUUCCUGCUCCUUGAAUUCUCUGUGGUACGGGAACAUCAGAUCCUUCACUUCUUUUUAUUUCUGGCAUUGUACCUAGCCACAGUCACAGGGAAUCUCCUCAUCAUCUCUGCAGUGGCUUUUGACCGCCGUUUGCACACUCCUAUGUACUUCUUUCUCGUGAAUUUGACCUUGCAGGACAUUGGCUCAGUUUCAGUCAUUAUCCCCAAAUCCAUGUUCAAUUUCCUCUUGAAUACCAGAGACAUUUCUUAUUCUGGAUGUGUAGUUCAAGUUUUCUUUUUGGUGUUCUUUGUGGGGUCUGAUGUUUUUCUCCUCACUGUUAUGGCAUAUGACCGGUAUGUUGCCAUUUGCAAUCCCUUACAAUAUGAAGCAGUGAUGAACAGACAAGCUUGUACCCAAAUGGUUGCCAGUGUAUGGAUCACUGGCCUUCUUCAUGGUGCACUGCACACAGGUGGCACUUUUGCUGCAACUUUCUGCUCCAAUGUUGUUAAUCAGUUCUACUGUGAAAUCCCACAUUUGCUUAAGAUCUCAUGUGGUAGCUCAUAUGUCAUUGAAGUUGGUGCUCUUGCAGUCAGUGUGAUUGUACAGUUUGGUUGUUUUGUCUUCAUCAUUGUUACAUAUGUGCUGAUCUUUUCUACUGUGCUGAGAAUGCCCUCUAUUCAGGGAAGGCAAAAGGCCUUUUCCACUUGCCUACCACAUCUCAUUGUUUUCUCUACAUUUAUAGUCACUGGGUGGUUUGCUUACCUGAGGCCUCCCUCUCAAACACCGUCUGAUCUAGAUUUGGCAUUAACUGUGGUCUAUACUUUUGUCCCACCCAUGAUGAAUCCCAUUAUUUAUAGCAUGAGGAACAAGGAUAUCAAGGUUGCCCUGUCAAAACUAUUUGUUGGGCUGGACUCAGCUGAGAAAAUCUUGCCUGGUUUUUGUGUGUCUGUCUGA